UGUGAGCAACCGCUUAUCUAAUUCGAUUCAAGUAUAUAUAUACCCACAAUAUCGCUAUAUAUUGAUCUCUAUGGUUAUUGUUGCAUAGCAAAAUUGAAAAACAGGAAGCAUUUGGGGUUAAUUCGUUGUAGAAAUGCCGGUGAAACCUGGUGUUGUGUUAUUGAUCGUCUUCUUGGUGGCGGUUACAGCGGUUUCGGUGGCGUAUGAGAGCAGAAGUGAAUAUUCGACGAGGAUUUUAACUCUGGCGAGGGCCUUUCCGGCGAACGAGACAGUUGAGUUGGAAAUCCUCAAGGCACGUGACCAUGUCAGACACUCCCGAAUCCUGCAAGGCUUCGCCGGCGGCGUUGUUGACUUCAAUGUUUUCGGUACCUCCGAUCCUUACUACGGCGGAUUGUACUUUACAAAAGUGAAGUUAGGCUCUCCUCCAAGAGAAUUCAACGUGCAGAUUGAUACUGGAAGUGACAUCUUAUGGGUUUCUUGUAGUUCUUGCAGUGGUUGUCCUGAAACAAGUGGAUUUGGUUUUCCGCUCAAUUUCUUUGAUGCUCCAAGUUCUUCAACUGCUUCCAUGGUGUCCUGUUCAGAUUCCAUGUGUUCUUCUAAUAUCAAAACUGUGGAUGCUUUAUGUUCUGAUCAAGGCGAUCAAUGUGGUUACGAGUUUCAGUAUGCAGAUGAUAGUGGGACUUCUGGUUAUUAUGUUACCGAUUUGCUAUAUUUUGAUACAGUUGUGGACCCUUCCAUGAUUACCAACUCUUCAGCUUCUGUUACUUUUGGGUGCAGUACCUAUCAAUCUGGUAGCUUAACUAAAUCAGAUAAAGCGAUGGAUGGGAUUUUUGGAUUCGGGCAACAUAGUCUAUCUAUUAUAUCACAACUAUCCUCUCAAGGGAUCACUCCAAAAGUAUUCUCCCACUGUUUACGAGGAGAUGGAAAUGGCGGUGGCAAACUUGUUCUUGGUGAGAUAUUGGCUCCAACCAUGGUUUAUAGUCCCCUUGUCCCAUCACAGCCUCAUUACAAUCUGGAUCUGCAGAGCAUCAGUGUCGGCGAGCAGUUGUUGCCAAUUGAUGGAGCAGUUUUUGCAACGUCCGAUGAUCAAGGAACCAUUGUCGAUACUGGAACAACAUUGACAUAUCUUGUUGCCCAAGCAUUUGAUCCGUUUGUUGAUGCUAUAACUGCUGCUGUUUCGCAAUCAGUAACUCCGAUCCUUUCAAAGGGGAUCCAAUGCUAUUUAGUGGCAUCAAGAUCAAGUUUAACUGCGAUAUUUCCGAAGGUUUCCUUAAACUUUGCAGGCAGCGCAUCCAUGAUUCUUAAACCAGAGAACUACCUUGUACUAGGGGAUCCUGUUGAGGGUGGUAUUCCGUGGUGCAUUGGCUUUCAGAAAGCGACUAAUGGGGUAACGGUUCUUGGAGAUCUUGUUCUUAAAGAUAAGAUAUUUGUUUAUGAUUUAUCGAGAAAACGAAUUGGAUGGACCGAUUACGAUUGUUCGGCGGAUGUAAAUGUCUCCAUAAAGUCCAACAAGAACGAAUACGUCAAUGCAGAGUUGAACGAGAGCAUAUCAUCGAGUUUUACGAGUCUUGAAGCUCUUUUGAUGUUUAUACUAGUAGCAUCAUUUUGGUCUUUAUUAUGGUGAACCGAAACACGAUCUUCGGUCAAGAACUCCUUCAUUUUUUAGCUUUACACGUCGAUUCGAUUGGCCGUUCUUCAAUCGGGCUAUCGAGAUGCCACUGUUUUACGCCUUAGAGCCUUCGAGGUCUAAAUUUAUCCGAGUGUCUCUCUUUUAAUUUCCUGAAUUAAUCGACUUUGUAAGAGGACAACUUAAUAUUAAUCAUAUAGUU